AUGUUAAUGCCACCAAAAAAUAAAAAAAUCAUGUCAGUUCAUAUAAAACUUCUUCGUUUAGAAAAAAAACAAUAUGAACCACAUGUUCCAACACCAGAAGUUUUACCAUAUAGACGUUGUCGUUUGAAACAAUUAUGUUUUCAACGUAUUAAAGAUAAUUUAUUAUUAGAAGAAGAAUUUAUUAAAAAUCAACAAAGUUUAAAAGCACAAGAAGAUCGUCAUGAUGAAGAACGUUGA